AUGCAUCAUUUCUUCAAGGGCCAGUUUUUCGACUUCGAGAUCGUCCGCAUCCUGGGCACCGCCGUGUAUGGCGGCUCUGACGUUGCCGAGGUCCUCGAGGCCGUGGGGCAGAUCAGGGACGGCGACCCGGACUCCUGGGGCCGCGCGUGGGCGGCCCAGGCCCAGCAGGCGCUCGAGCUCGCCGAGGAGGCCCGCAGGAGCGGCGACCGCGUGGCCGCCCGCAACGCCUACCUGCGGGGCUCCAACUACACGCGGGCGAGCGGCUACAUGCUGCUCGCCGGCGACAAGAGGAAGGCCGCCGUCACCGAGGAGGUCCAGGCCAUCUUCCGCAAGGCGGCGGCCCUGUUCGCGCACCCCGUGCACUUUGUCGACAUCCCCUACGAGGACGGCACCACCCUCCCGGGCCACCUGUACCUCCCUGCCGCCCAGCACCGGCUGCCCGGGGGCGGCAAGAUCCCCAUCCUCAUCAGCGGCGGCGGCGCCGACGCCCUCCAGGAGGAGCUCUUCUACAUGCACCCCUCGGCCGGCCCGGAGCUGGGCUACGCGGUGCUCACCUUCGAGGGGCCCGGCCAGGGCGUCAAGCUCUGGCGCGACCGGACCACCAUGCGCCCGGACUGGGAGGCCGUGGCGGGCCGCGUCCUCGACUUCGUCACGGACCUUGCGGGCGCGCGCCCGGAGCUGGGGCUCGACGCCUCGCGCGUCGCCGUGGCGGGCGCGUCGCUGGGCGGGUACUUUGCCCUGCGCGCGGCCGCGGACCCGCGCGUCAAGGCGUGCGUCUCGCUCGACCCGCUGUACAGCUUCUGGGACUUCGCGACCGCCCACGCGUCCCCGGCGAUGCUGGGCGCCUGGGAGCGCGGCUGGGUCGGCGACGGGCUCAUCAGCGCGGCCGUCGGCGUCAUGAUGAGGCUGUCGUUCCAGAUGCGCUGGGAGCUCAUGACCGCGGGCGCCUUCUUCGGGCAGGGCUCGCCCGCGCUCAUCAUGAAGGAGAUGCAGAAGUACACGCUGGGCGGCGGCUACCUGGGCCGCGUCAGGUGCCCCGUCCUGGUCUCGGGGGCGUCCGAGUCGCUCUACCUCGAGCCCCACCACCACACCAUGCGGGUGUACCAGGAGCUGGUCGACUUGCCUGGGGGGAAGGACAAGGUGGAGUUGUGGAUGACGACAACGCCUAGCAAAGGGUCGCUGCAGGCCAAGAUGGGGGCGCUGAGACUGGCGAACCAGCGGACGUUCAAAUUUCUGGAUGAGAAGCUGGGGAUCACGCGGUCACCACUCCUGGAAGGCCAUAGUGCAGAGGCAAACGGGAGCAAGUAG